AGCUUCGGCCAUUUCAUCUGCACCUGCAGUCCCACCGAGCCAGCGAACGAGCAGCGGGAAAGCGGCUGACAACACCCCGAAGAUGAGUGAACAAGCUAUCUCCUUCGCCAAGGACUUCCUGGCUGGUGGUAUUGCCGCUGCCAUCUCUAAAACGGCCGUAGCCCCCAUCGAGAGGGUCAAACUUCUCCUCCAGGUGCAACAUGCCAGCAAACAGAUCACAGCUGACAAGCAGUACAAGGGCAUCAUCGACUGUGUGGUCCGUAUCCCUAAAGAGCAGGGCUUCCUGUCUUUCUGGAGGGGGAACCUGGCCAACGUCAUCAGAUACUUCCCCACUCAGGCCCUCAACUUCGCUUUCAAGGAUAAGUACAAGAAGAUUUUCCUGGAUGGCGUUGACAAGCGCACACAGUUCUGGAGAUACUUUGCUGGCAACCUGGCGUCCGGCGGUGCAGCGGGAGCCACGUCGCUCUGUUUCGUCUACCCUCUUGACUUUGCCAGAACACGCCUCGCUGCCGACGUGGGCAAAGCAGGAAUGGAGCGUGAGUUCACUGGGUUGGGAGACUGCUUGGUGAAGAUCUUCAGGUCUGAUGGCCUCAAGGGUCUGUACCAGGGCUUCAACGUUUCAGUGCAAGGCAUUAUCAUCUACAGGGCUGCUUACUUUGGCAUCUACGACACAGCAAAGGGCAUGCUUCCAGAUCCCAAGAACACACACAUUGUCGUCAGCUGGAUGAUUGCUCAGACUGUGACUGCUGUUGCUGGUCUUACAUCCUACCCCUUUGACACUGUCCGUCGUCGUAUGAUGAUGCAGUCUGGACGCAAAGGAGCUGACAUCAUGUACUCUGGCACCCUCGACUGCUGGAGGAAGAUCGCACGUGAUGAAGGAGGCAAGGCCUUCUUCAAAGGAGCGUGGUCCAACGUGCUCAGAGGCAUGGGCGGUGCCUUUGUGCUCGUCUUGUAUGAUGAGCUGAAGAAAGUGAUCUAAGUUUUGUCUGUUCAUGGUCCAUGUUGUGAAGUUUUACUGUAACAUAUCUUGUACAUUUGGAUGGACUUAAAUACAGAGUUAUUUAUAGGGACCAACUAGUAUUUUCUACUAGUUGUUACCAGGAGAGUAUGUUAUGCACUUGACUCUUGGCCCAUGUUUCUUUUUGUUUGUUUUACCCCUCACAACAAUUUCAUUCCCUAACGUGAAGAACUUUGCCAGAGAACGAGAAAUAAAGGCAACCUACUGAGCGAA